UUUACAAAAACACCAUCAACAGCGACCUUCAUCAUCACCACCACAAACUCUCAAUUUUAUGGACAAUACAGUCGUAGUUCUAGUCACCGGAUGCGCCAAAGGCGGCAUUGGCUACGAAUAUUGCAAAGCAUUUGCCGAACAUGGCUGCAUUGUCUUCGCCACCGACGUCCCCCACCGUGCACACCAACUGUUGGACGAAAGUUUCCACAAAAUCCAAACACUUGAACUCGAUGUUACAUCUGAUGAAAGUGUAGAAAAAGCAGUAGAAACCAUAAUUUCAAAGCACGGGCGUAUUGAUAUCUUGGUAAACAAUGCUGGGAUUGGUAGUAGCGGUCCGCUUGCCGAGCUUCCGUUGCAGGAUAUAAGGAAGGCUUGGGAAGUCAACACGCUUGGCCAGCUGAGAAUGGUGCAGCAAGUUGUACCCCAUAUGGCAUCUCGCCGCAGCGGAGUCAUUGUCAAUGUCGGUAGCAUUGUAGGAAACGUACCAACACCAUGGGCAGGGUCGUAUUGUGCUAGUAAGGCAGCUGUCCAUGCUAUGUCGCACGCGCUGCGACUCGAGCUAAUGCUGUUUGGGAUUGACGUAGUGUUGGUGAUGCCUGGGGCGAUAAGGUCGAAUUUUGGGAGUGCUACAGUUGAGAAUGUGAAAAGUCAAGAAUGGAAACUUUACAAGAAAUUCAAAGAAAGUAUAGAAGAGAGGGCAAAUGCAUCACAGAGUGGGAAAUCAACUGAUGCAGAAGUCUUUGCAAGAGAUGUUGUGAACAAAGUGUUGAGGAAGAGGCCACCAAAGCAAAUUGUUUCGGGGCAUUUGAGUGGCUUGUUGUCUAUUCUUUCUUGGCUUCCACUUUGGUUGAGAGAUCUCUACUUUUCUAAUCGCUUCAACUUGAAUCAAAAGGGGAGAGGUGCGCGCGGACGAGGGCUCGACAUGUGGCAAAUGCGUGGGUCGCGAACCGGUUCGCGGAUCGGGUUGCCGGGUCAGAUCUUGAGUUGCGCAGAAAAUUAAAGGAAAAAUAGGAAGGAAAAAUAGGGGCACGCCUCGAGUUCGAACACGCGACUUCGGGGCGGACGCAUGGCAUGAUAUGGUGAUGCCACGUGGUGCGAUCUGGUUCGUCCAAUCUUUUCCAAUUUUCCGCUUUUGCUCUUGAACUUGUUUUUUACCGUUCUUCUUCGUUAUAACUCCGAUUUAAGUGAUUUCAGUGACGUAGGACUCGUAUGGGGGUGAAGUUUCA